UUACUUCUUCUCAGUCAUGUGCUUUCCUGGAUAAAUAAUGUUUUGGUUGCUGGGAUUAAAGAAAAGAUCUAGUGCUAGGCUGGCUUUUCCCAGAUGAGCACAAACUUCAGCGGCCAGACUCGUGCAGGAUCUCAUUAAUCUCGCCGAAUCGGCUGCUGGUGGUGGUGCCUCUGAACCUAGGAUAAUUCCAAAGCAGGGCAUGCUUUGCAAGAGAUGCCCCUCUCUUACUGUCAAGGGAUCUUGGAGGUAGAUCAAGAUCCCAGAGGACAGAAUAGAAUUAUUUAUAAUGAGCAUCUUGUUUUUUAGCCAUACAGGAGUGGAAUGUAACGUGGUGAUCUUUGGCUGUGUGACAUUAGACUGGAUGAAGUUCAUCCUUAGCCCACCAGCUGUUAAUGAAUUAUCUGGAAUUCUCACUGAGUGGAGCUGGAAAGUAGAGGGUUUUGUAUUUGCUCUGAGAUGUACUGAUGCUUGGGAGUUCUGACUCAGAUAUGCUGGUGAUCACUGCAGCAGACAAGGAGCAGCCUGAUGGAGUUGAAGUCCCAUCUGCACGAGCACUGAGAUGCCUGAGAGACGUCGUGUACCCAUGCAGCCUGCUGACCACCGGAGGAGGACUUCCCGGCAACCUGAAGUUCCUCCAGGCCCAGAGGGACCCACACACAGAGACCUUCUCCCGGGCUCCUGGCACCAUGACCUCCCUGAAGAUGCUGCUUCUGAUCGCCCUCCUCCUGGGGGCUUCCCUGCAGGACACCCAUGCAGCUCGAGGAGCCAAUGUGGGCCGGGAGUGCUGCCUGGAGUACUUCAAAGGAGCCAUUCCUCUCAAGAAGCUGGUGAGGUGGUACCGGACCUCUGGGGAGUGUCCCAGGGACGCCAUCGUGUUGGUGACUCUCCACGGCAAAUCCAUCUGUUCAGACCCCAAGGACAUGCGGGUGAAGAAGGCAGUCAAGUAUUUGCAAGCCACCAUGAAGCCACGUGACCCGGUCGUCCAGAAGUCCUGACUUCUCCCUGGACCACUUGGACACUUCCCGCCUCCAUGUUCACUACCCCAACCCCAAGCUCCCUGGGUCCAAUGGAGGCCUUACAAGGAUAAAGUAGCCCCUUGUCCCCUUUUCUGAUUAAAGUUUUUCU